AUGAAUCCCUCAGCACAGUUAUCAUUCUUCUUCACCGUUUCCUUAAUUUUUAUUUCAGCUCUUGCAUCACCAUCAGCAUCAGCACCAGGCACCGAGUUGUAUCAAAGUGUAUGCAAAGAUGCUGGAGAAAACGCUAAUAGGUGCUUGAAAUUUCUAGGAGGCUACCCUAAAAUCACAGGGGCCAAAGACUACCUUUCACUUUGUAAGAGCCUCCUAGAGGUGGCAAUAAAGAGAGCAACCGAAGGGCAAAACUACUUUGUUGCAGCAGCGAAGAAAAAGCCUUCUUCUGCAGCUCUUAAACAAUGCUCAACAUUUUUCUACGAUGGAUUGGUUAGAUCAUUUGAAAGUGCAUCUGGUGAGUUGGUUGAGUCUCCUGACACUGCAAAUUAUGAUUGCAAAGUCGCAGGUGAUGGACCCGUGAAUUGCAACAGCGCUUUGAUGGAUGAAAAAAUCAAUGAUCCUGCUCUCUCUAAUCUCAAUGACCAAAUGUCGUUUCUUAGUUAUGUUGCAUUUCUCGCCACCAAUCAUCUUCCGCAAGAUCCCUAG